GAAACCUGAAUAUUGGAUAAACCCCACAGUGAGCGAACUUCAUUGCACUUUCAGCCCCACCGUCAAUACUUUCUCUCCGAUUCCCGAGAAAACUCUCUUAAUCCGCCACGAGAUUCUCCAUCAAUCCUUGUUCGGAGGUUCUUUUUGCUCUUUUUACCGUCAUCUGCGAUUCUCUCAUGGCGGGGGAGAUUUCGAAUGAGACGGAGAAGUCGCUGGCGUCAGCGACGGCGUUCCCAGGGUUUAAGUUCUCGCCGACGGACACGGAGCUGAUCUCGUACUACCUGAAGCGGAAGAUCGACGGCAUGGAGAGGUGCGUCGAGGUGAUUACCGAAGUCGAUAUUUACAACUUCGAGCCGUGGGAUUUACCUGACAAGUCCAUUGUUAAAGCUGAAACCGAAUGGUUCUUCUUCUACACCCGUGGGAGGAAGUAUCCCCAUGGUUCACAGAACAAGAGGACAACACAGAAGGGAUUCUGGAAAGCCACCGGGAAAGAACGUAACGUGAAGUCGGGUGCUGAAGUGAUUGGCACAAAGAGGACGCUAGUAUUCUAUGUUGGCCGUGCGCCUAAAGGUGAAAGAACGGAAUGGAUUAUUCAUGAGUACUGCAUGAAGGGAGUACCGCCGGAUGCUCUGGUUGUUUGCCGGCUGAGGAGAAAUACUGAAUUCCAAGCUUCUUCGAGUGAAAAAACGGUAGAGCAGAGUCUACCAACCGACAAACUUGCUACUGUACAAAAUGGAUCUAGCUCAGAGAACAUUUCUGAGUGGGAAAACAUGAUUGAUUAUUACUUAUCGUCCGAAGCUGGGCAGGAACCAAUCAAUGAUAUUACGGAAUCAGCAGGGCAGGAACCAAUCGAUGAUAUUACGGAAUCAGCGCAAGAUCAGGCACCCAUCGACGAAGAUUUCUACGCAGAGAUCCUGAGAGACGACAUCGUGAAACUAGACGAGGCAGUGAUCCAAGGAAAACCUGAAACCGAAAUCCCGAGGAUGCAAACGGAGGCAACGGCAUCAAGGGUACUCCCGUUGCCAAACAUCUUAGACGAAGAAAUGAAAACGGUUGUACAAGAAGAGUUGGCCCCCAAAACGCAAGGAAGCCCAGAGCACGAGCGAUUGUCGAAAUGCUUGUUGGGUUCAGUAAAGACGGUGAACCGUAAUCGCUGGUUCAGUGGCAUAGCCGUGGUGGCUGUUGUGGUUAUGUUCAUUAACCACUUGGCGUGGGGGGGCGAUGACUAACUGAGCGUUGGUUCUUCUACUCUCCCGUUUUAGUUCUCCAAGCAUAUAUUCCUUCCAGGAUGGAUGUGGAUGCUGUAGUGUUUUGUUAGGUCCCUUCCUUUUGUCUCCUUUUUCUUUCCUUAAAAUCCUUGUAACAUAUCUCUGUAAAGAUGCAGUGGAGAUUAAAACACUGUGUCAGAGCGACUUUCUAUUUUUAUAUUAAUGAUUUAGGACUUUUAAAAAAAAUUAUAUUAAUU